CCCUUGAAAUCAGACAUGUCCAUGGUGUUGUGAAUGAAACAUGAUGUUAAGUGGGUAUUGCCAAAUUACUUACUGAGCAUCAGAUAGAAACUAGCAACAAUGAAGGUCGACAGAAGCAAGUUAAAGAAAACCCCAACAGAAGCUCCUGCGGACUGCAGGACACUCAUAGAGAAGCUCAAGGGAUGCAGCGACGAGCAACUACUGCUGGAGCUGCAGCACAUCAAGACCUGGAAUAUUGGCAAGUGUGAGCUUUACCACUGGGUUGACCUGCUGGACCGUUUCGAUGGGAUCCUGUGUGAUGCGGGCCAGACGGUGGAGAACAUGUCGUGGUUGCUGGUCUGUGACCGGCCGGACAACGGGCAGCUCAAAGCCUUACUGCUGGCCGUGCUCAACUUCACAGCCCUGCUCAUUGAGUACAGCUUCUCCAGGCACCUCUACAGCUCCAUAGAGCACUUGACCACCCUGUUAGCAUCGUGUGACAUGCAGGUUGUUCUGUCUGUGCUGAACCUCCUCUACGUGUUCAGUAAACGCUCCAACUACAUCACCAGACUGGGCUCUGACAAGAGGACCCCUCUGCUGGCACGCCUACAACAUCUGGCUGAGAGCUGGGGAGGAAAGGAGAAUGGCUUCGGCCUGGCAGAGUGCUGCAGGGACCUGGCUAUGACGAAGUACCCUCCCAGUGCCACCACACUGCACUUUGAGUUCUAUGCUGAACCUGGCCCCGAGGUCAAAGUGGAGAGGAAGACCAGUAGUAACACACUACACUACAUUCACAUCGAACAGCUCGACAAGAUCUCUGAGAGUCCCAGUGAGAUCAUGGAGUCUCUGACGGUGAUGUACAACAUCCCUAAAGACAAGCAGACCCUGCUGUUCACGCACAUCAGACUGGCCCACGGCUUCUCCAACCACAAGAAGAGACUACAAGCUGUACAGGCCCGGCUCCACGCCAUCUCUAUCCUGGUGUACUCCAAUGCACUCCAGGAGUCUGCCAACAGUAUUCUCUACAACGGCUUGAUAGAGGAGCUGGUGGACGUGCUACAGAUUACAGACAAACAGCUUGUGGACAUAAAGGCAGCGUCUUUACGCACCUUAACGUCCAUUGUGCACCUUGAGAGGACACCCAAGCUGUCCAACAUCAUCGACUGCACUGGCACGGCCUCCUACCACGGCUUCCUGCCUGUACUGGUGCGCAACUGCAUACAGGCCAUGAUCGACCCUCUGAUGGAGCCGUACCCGCACCAGUUUGCCACGGCGCUGUUCUCCUUCCUCUACCACCUGGCUAGUUACGACGCUGGGGGGGAGGCCCUGGUCUCCUGUGGGAUGAUGGAAGCCCUGCUCAAGGUGAUCAAGUUCCUGGGGGAUGAGCAGGACCAGAUCACGUUUGUGACGCGUGCGGUCCGAGUGGUGGACCUCAUCACCAAUCUGGACAUGGCAGCCUUCCAGUCACAUACUGGCCUUACCAUCUUCAUCAGCAGGCUGGAGCAUGAGGUGGACCUGUCUAGGAAAGAGUGUCCUUUUGUCAUCAAGCCAAAGAUCCAGAGACCCAACUCCACCGUAGAAUCUGAGGACAUGGACACGGACAUGGACGGCCAGUCAGAAAGCAUGUCAGAAGAGAGGAUGGAGAGCAGCCCUGGUCCCUCAACUUCCUCUGGCUCCAGACCUGAGACCGAUCCCAGAGGACUCAGCAGCACUUCCAGCACGCCCCGUACAGGCGUCCAGUGUAUUCCCCAGAGGGCCGCUCUGUUGAAGUCAAUGUUAAACUUUUUAAAGAAAGCCAUCCAGGACCCUGCCUUCUCUGAUGGCAUCCGCCACGUCAUGGACGGGUCCUUGCCUACCUCACUCAAGCACAUCAUCAGUAAUGCCGAGUACUAUGGACCUUCUCUCUUCUUACUGGCAACGGAGGUGGUGACAGUGUUUGUGUUCCAGGAGCCGUCUCUGCUCUCCUCCCUGCAGGAUAACGGUCUGACUGAUGUCAUGCUGCAUGCCCUGCUCAUCAAAGACGUCCCGGCCACCCGGGAGGUGCUUGGUUCUCUCCCUAACGUGUUCAGUGCCCUGUGCCUGAAUGCGCGAGGCCUGCACUCCUUCGUCCAAUGCCAGCCUUUUGAGCGCCUCUUCAAGGUGCUUCUGUCACCUGACUACCUGCCUGCCAUGAGACGACGUCGCAGCUCUGACCCUCUGGGAGACACGGCAUCCAACCUGGGCAGUGCUGUGGAUGAACUGAUGAGACACCAACCCACUCUGAAGACUGACGCCACUACUGCCAUCAUCAAGUUACUGGAGGAGAUCUGUAACCUGGGCAGAGCCCCGGAGUACAUCUGUCAGAAGCCCUCUAUCCAGAAGACUGAUGGUACCGUGACCGCGCCCCCGGCACGCUCUUCCCACGCCGCCGAGGAGGCCUCCAGCGAAGACGAGGAGGAGGAGGAGGCGCUCCAUACCUUCACCCAACAGCAGGGGGAGCCAGAGAGCAACAGACAGGUUGUUGGCACCGAAGAGAGGAUACCCAUUCCUCUGAUGGAUUACAUUCUCAAUGUGAUGAAGUUUGUGGAGUCCAUCCUGAGUAACAACACGACCGACGACCACUGUCAGGAGUUUGUCAACCAGAAGGGUCUCCUGCCCCUGGUCUCCAUCCUGGGUCUGCCCAACCUUCCCAUUGACUUCCCCACAUCAGCUGCCUGUCAGGCUGUAGCCGGGGUCUGCAAGUCCAUACUGACCCUGUCCCAUGAGCCCAAGGUGCUCCAGGAAGGGCUGUGUCAGCUGGACAGCAUCCUGUCGGCCCUCGAGCCGCUCCACCGCCCCAUCGAGGUCCCCGGUGGCUCGGUGCUCCUCCGAGAGCUCGCCACCGCCGGUCACGUGACUGACGCCACGCUGUCAGCCCGCGCCACGCCCCUGCUACACGCGCUCACCGCUGCGCACGCCUAUAUCCUGAUGUUUGUGCACACCUGCAGGGUUGGACAGAGUGAGAUCAGGGCCAUCAGUGUGAACCAAUGGGGCUCCCAGCUAGGUCUGAGUGUUCUCAAUAAGCUGAGCCAGCUCUACUGCUCUCUGGUCUGGGAGAGCACUGUGCUGCUGUCCCUCUGCACACCCAACAGUCUCCCCCCAGGCUGUGAGUUUGGCCAGGCUGACAUGCAGAAGCUUGUUCCCAAAGAGGACAAGCCAUCUGGCAGCACCACAACCACAGCCACCGCCUCAGGAUCCAGGAGAGCUGCUGAGUCUGACACUGUUGCUUUGGACCCCUCUGCCACGGGUCUCCUGGAAGGGAUGGGGUUGGACGGGGACACGCUAGCCCCCAUGGAGACUGACGAGCCGACCGCCGGCACCGCUGACCCCAAGACCAAGUCUAAACUGACCCCCGCCAUGGCCACACGCAUCAAGCAGAUCAAACCACUGCUCUCCGCAUCGUCUCGCCUGGGCCGGGCUCUGGCUGAACUCUUUGGUUUGCUGGUGAAGCUGUGUGUGGGCUCUCCAGUCCGCCAGCGCCGCUCUCACCACGCCACCAGCACUGGCACUGCGCCCACCCCCGCCGCCAGGGCCACCGCCUCCUCCCUCACCAAGCUGCUUACCAAGGGCCUCAGCUGGCAGCCCCCACCCUACACCCCCACCCCUCGCUUCAGGCUGACAUUCUUCAUCUGCUCGGUGGGCUUCACGUCCCCCAUGCUGUUCGAUGAGAGGAAGUAUCCCUACCACCUCAUGCUGCAGAAGUUCUUCUGCUCCGGAGGACAUGACGCGCUCUUCGAGACAUUUAACUGGGCUCUUACUAUGGGUGGUAAGGUGCCUGUCUCUGAGGGCUUGGAGCACACUGAGCUUCCAGACGGGACAGGGGAGUUCCUGGAUGCCUGGCUGAUGCUGGUGGAGAAGAUGGUGAAUCCCAGUACCGUGCUGGACUCACCCCACAGCCUGCCCGUCAAGGUCCCUGGGGUUACCCCCACCACCCCCCAAUUCAGCGCCCUGCGAUUCCUCAUCGUCACUCAGAAGGCGGCAUUCAACUGCAUCCGAAGCCUGUGGAACAGGAAACCCCUCAAAGUGUACGGGGGCCGCAUGGCUGAGUCCAUGUUGGCUAUACUCUGUCACAUCCUUCGUGGUGAACCAGUCAUCCAGGAGCGGCUGGCCAAGGAGAGGGAGGGCACGGCCCGGCCAGAGGAGGAGGGGGGCCCAGGGGCCACCACGGUGCCUGUAGGCCCCAGCUCUGGAGCUGGAAGUGAGUGUGGAGGUGGAGCUGUAGGGGCCCCUGGAGCAGCAGUGACUGCAGCAGAGGUGCCAGCAGGUUCCGGGUCAGGACCGGCUACCGGAGGCAGUACAGCACCACCUGCACCAGGUGAAGCAGCAGAGGAAUCUAGUAACUCUACUCCCAGGAGAGAACCACAGGUUAACCAGGUUCCACUACAGCAGGGUCAGGGAGGAGGCAGGGAGAGGCAGCCAAACGUCAACCAGCAGCAGCUACAGCAGCUGAUGGACAUGGGUUUCUCCAGAGAGCAUGCCAUGGAGGCCCUGGUGAACACCAGCACCAUGGAGCAGGCCACAGAGUACCUGCUCACACACCCUCCUCCUCUACUCAGCGGAGCCGUCAGGGACAUGACCAUGUCAGAAGAAGACCAGAUGAUGAGAGCCAUCGCCAUGUCUCUGGGGCAAGAGGUCAGCAUGGAGCAGCGCUCUGAUUCGCCCGAGGAGGCGGCGCGUCGUCGUGAGGAGGACGACAGGAGAGCCAGGGAGCGUACGGAGGAGGAGGAAGCUCGCUGCCUGGAGAGGUUCCUGGAGGCCGAGCCCCUGGACAUUACGGAGCUCCACGCCUUCACUGACUCCAUGCUCCCCGGCUGCUUCCACCUGCUGGAUGAGCUGCCAGACACAGUCUACCGCCUCUGUGACUUGCUCAUGACAGCCAUCAAGAGGAGCGGCGCCGAGUACAGGGACCUCAUCUUACGACAGGUCGUCAACCAGGUGUGGGAGGCAGCAGACGUGCUCAUCAAGGCAGCAGUACCCCUGACCACCAGCGACACCAAAACGGUGUCCGAGUGGACCAGACAGAUGGCAACCCUGCCCCAAGCCUCCAACCUGGCAACACGCAUCCUGCUGCUCACACUGCUCUUUGAGGAGUUGAAGCUGUCGUGUGCCAGGGUGGUGGAGAACAGUGGGAUCCUCAACGUGCUCAUCAAGCUGCUGGAGGUGGUGCAGCCCUGUCUGCAGGCUGCCAAGGAGCAGAAGGACAUCCAGACACCCAAGUGGAUCACUCCAGUGUUGCUGAUCAUUGACUUCUACGAGAAAAUGGCUGUUUCAUCCAAACGCAGAGCGCAAAUGAACAAGUAUCUGCAGCCCAAUGGUAAUAACUGGCGUUGGUUUGAUGACCGGUCCGGCCGCUGGUGCAGCUACUCUGCCUCUAACAACAGCACUAUAGACUCAGCCUGGAGGGCCGGAGAAAGCAGCGUCCGAUUCACCGCGGGACGCAGGCGAUACACCGUACAGUUCAACACCAUGGUCCAGGUGAAUGAGGAGACGGGUAACCGUCGUCCGGUGACCCUCACGGUCCAGAGAGUGCCUCGCGCUCCUAAACCGGCUAAGACGGGCAGCAUGACGGACUCUGAGAGAGAGGAGGGAGACAGGGGCAAGGCAGAGGAGACCCAGAUAGACCCAGACUCUGCCCCAGUAGCUGUGGAGAUGAGUGCUCCAAAAGAGGACAACGCUACCCCCCAACUAAAAGAGUCCUCCUCCGGUCCCUCUGCUCCCCCCGCCCCCCCUCCCACAGCCCCCCUGGACCCCACAUCGGAACGCACCGGGACAGGAGGAGCCAUCGUGGUGCAGGGCCUGACGGAGGAUAUGACCACAGUGCUCAUCAGAGCCUGUGUCUCCAUGAUCAGUGUCCCUGUGGACCCAGACACCCUCCACGCCACACUAAGGCUAUGCCUGCGCCUGACGAGGACCCACCAUUACGCCAUGAUGUUUGCUGAGCUGAAGAGUACCAGGAUGAUCCUGGGGCUGACGCAGGGGUCAGGGUUCAACGGCUUCACGCCCCUCGUCACCCUGCUGUUCAGACACAUCAUCGAGGACCCCGCCACGCUACGACACACCAUGGAGAAGGUGGUACGGUCAGCAGUGACCAGCGGGGCGGGCAGCACCACAUCAGGUGUGGUAUCAGGCUCCCUGGGCUCCAGAGAGAUCAACUACAUUCUGCGUGUUCUGGGCCCUGCCGCCUGCCGGAACCCGGACUGCUUCGCUGACACAGCCAACAGCUGCGUCCGCAUCGCCCUGCCCGCACCUCGCGGAGCUGGUACGGCCUCAGAUGAUGAGUUUGAGAAUCUGCGUAUCAAGGGGCCCAACGCGGUGCAGCUGGUGAAGACCACCCCCCUUAAAAUGUCUCCGCUGCCCCCCAUUCCUGACACCAUCAAAGAGGUCAUCUAUGACAUGCUAAAUGCCCUGGCCGCAUACCAUGCCCCUGAAGAGGCGGAGCGUCCAGAGGAGCGUGCGGUGGCGGUGCCCGGGGGGCAGGACCUGUGUCAGAUCCUCCAGGAUGUAGGCGACGACGUUUACCAGCAGUACAGACUCACCAGACAGGGAAGUGACUUCGACUCGCAGUCCGCUUUCCAUAUCAACCCCCAGGUGUUUUCUGCAGAUGGAGCGGUAGCUGACUCCUCUCAGUCUGGAACACCCCAGGGAGAAGCCUCUACUCCAGAGGAGAUGCGUGAGGAGAAGAAGGAGGUGGAGGGGGAGAAGGGAGCCAGCUCAGAGGAGAGUAAGGGGGCCAAGGCUAAGGCCUCCAAGCCCCUGAUGCCCACCUCCACCAUCUUACGUCUCCUGGCUGAGCUGGUCAGGUCCUACGUGGGCAUCGCCACCCUCAUAGCAUCCUACUGCUACACGGCCGGACAGUCUGAGCUCAUCAAGGAGGACUGCAGUGUAUUAGCCUUCGUGCUGGACCACCUGUUGCCCCACACCCAGAGCUCUGAGGACAAGGACACCCCUGCCCUGGCACGCCUCUUCCUGGCCAGCCUGGCAGCUGCUGGCACAGGCACCGAUGCACAGGUGGCCCUGGUCAAUGAGGUGAAGGCCGCACUCAGCCGGGCGCUGGCCAUGGCAGAGGGCACGGAGAAACACGCCAGGCUCCAGGCGGUGAUGUGCAUCAUCAGCACCAUCAUGGAGUCGUGUCCGUCCACCUCUAGCUUCUACAGCACGUCAGCAGCCAAGACGCAGCACAAUGGCAUGAAUAACAUCAUACGCCUCUUCCUCAAGAAAGGACUGGUCAACGACCUGGCUAGAGUACCGCACAGCCUUGACCUGUCCAGUCCCAACAUGGCAAACACAGUGAAUGCAGCUCUGAAGCCCUUAGAGACUCUGUCCCGCAUCGUCAACCAGCCCAGCAGCCUGUUUGGAGGGAAGGGGGGAUCCAGCAAGAACAAGGCUGAGCACGACACUGUGGGAGCCACCAGGGACUCCAAUAGCAACACACAAGGUGACUCUGGUGAGGCUGAGGGGACUCUGGUGGAGGGCAGUCACAGGGCCCAGGGAACAGACAGUGACCUGAUGGACGGCGAGACGGAGGGAGACACGGCAGUCAUCGCUGGACAGCCGGAGGUGCUCAGCACCACGGCCAUGCAGGUGGAGAACGAGCUGGUGGAUCUGAUAGACGAGCUGUUGGAGAGAGACACCGGUGCCGUCAACAGCUCUAUUAUCGUGGGACGUGGCAGUGGUGAGGACGAAUCACAAGAGGACGUGUUGAUGGAUGAGGCACCCUCCAAUAUCAGUCAGGCUUCUACUCUACAGGCCAACCGAGAAGACUCUAUGAACAUCCUGGAGCCUGAGGAUGAGGAGCACACGCAGGAGGAAGACUCCAGUGGCAGCAACGAUGAAGAAGACAGCCAGGACGAAGAGGAGGAGGAAGAAGAGGAAGAGGAGGAGGAUCAGGAUGAUGAAGAAGGAGAUGAGGAUGACGACGAUGAAGGUUCGGAGAUGGAGCUGGAUGAAGAUUUCCCAGACAUCAACGCUGCGCCACACAUCCGCUUCGAGAGGUUUGACCGCGACGAUGACCUCAUCAUAGAGUUUGACAACAUGUUCUCCACCACCGCUGACAUCCCUCCCUCCCCAGGCAACAUCCCCAGCUCUCACCCCCUGAUGGUGCGUCACGCCGACCACGGCUCCCUAACGCUGGGCGGGGCAGGCACCAACAACCGCCUGGCGCAGGGCAUGGGUCGUAGCCAGAGAACGCUACGUCAGCUCACCGCCAACACAGGCCACACGAUACACGUCCACUACCCCGGGAACAGACAGCCCAACCCCCCACUCAUCCUGCAGAGACUGCUAGGUCCCAGUGCUGCAGCAGACAUCCUGCAGCUGUCCAGCUCUCUGCCCCUGCAGUCCCGCGGCCGCGCACGUCUCCUGGUGGGCAACGAGGACGUGCACAUCAUCGCCCGCUCCGACGACGAGCUGCUCGACGACUUCUUCCACGAGCAGAGCAGCACCGGAGGACAAGCAGGCACUCUGUCCAGUAUCCCCACUGCCUUAACCCGAUGGACUGAUGAGUGUAAAGUACUGGACGCUGAGAGCAUGCACGACUGUGUAGCAGUGGUGAAGGUUCCUAUCCUGCAACACUUGGAGACCCUGAGAGACGAGGAGCUGGAGGAGAGGAGGGAGAAGAAAAGACGCCAGCUGGCGGAGGAGGAGGAGGCCAAGCAGAACGACAGAAGGACAGGAGGAGAGGAGGCCAGGGAGCAGAGUCUACAGGGCUCGGGACUGGGGACGGUCAACGGUGUGGCUGGAGAGGCCACUGCUGAAGGUGAGGCCCAGGGCAGUGGUGUGUUGUGUCUGGACCCCCCUCGGGUCUCAGAUGGUUUCCUCACCGCUCCCCCCUCAGGAGAGGUCACCCCCACAACCCCCGCCCCCCACGAACAGGCCCUGGUUUCCCUGGAGACUGCCAUCAGCCAGCAGGUCCACCAGCCAAUCGCAGACCUGCUCCUGGCCGAGUCGCAUGCCAAUUCGCUGGCCGCCCUGGCAGGGGCCGGUCUUCCAGCCCUUGCGGCGGCAUCCGAUAGGCCGACCUGCGAAGUGGAGGCGUCACAGAUGGAAAUGUCCCCGGUGCCCACUAUUGGUGAGAGAGGAGGAGCGGUGGAUGGAGGCAGGGAAGCCUCCCUGAGUCCAGACAUCGUGGAGACCGCUGAGCCUGCAGCGGUGGGCUUGUCACUACUGGAAGGGUCUCCCAUGGAUACCAGUAGCCCCGCCUCUGCCACGCAGGAAGAGCCCGUCCCCAACCCCACCCAGGCUGUCCAUCUGCCACAGGAGCUGUCAGGGAGUGGAGACGGUGGACUGACGGCCAGGCAGACUGACGCGGAGUCAGGCUCCACUUCUGUCUCCUCCCCUGGAGAGACCAUGCCCCGGAGUGACAGCGCAGACAGCCAAUCCCAGGCCAUCCAGGAAGAGCCCUUCCCAUCCACCAGCAAUGAGGAUGAGGACCCACUGGCAGGCAUCAGUCUACCAGAGGGUGUAGACCCAUCCUUCCUGGCAGCUCUUCCAGAGGACAUCCGUCGUGAGGUGCUCCAGAACCAGCUGGGUAUCCGACCCCCAGCACGCCCCCCUGCCACCGCCAUCCUCCCCUCCACCACUGUCCCCGUACUGGGAGGAGGACCCGGGGUCACAGAGGUCAGCCCUGAGUUCCUGGCUGCCCUGCCACCUGCCAUACAGGAGGAGGUCCUGGCCCAACAACGUGCUGAACAGCAGCGUAGAGAGCUGUCCCAGCAGCCCACGCAGGGCGACACUCCCCUGGACCCCGUCACCUUCAUCCAGACCCUCCCUUCGGAGCUGCGACGCUCCGUCCUAGAAGACAUGGAGGACAGCGUGCUGGCCGUCAUGCCCCCGGACAUCGCCGCCGAGGCAGCCGCGCUGCGCCGGGAGCAGGAGGCUCGUCAGAGACAGCUGAUGCACGAGAGGCUGUUCGGCCAUAGUUCCAGCUCGGCCCUGUCGGCCAUUUUGAGGUCGCCUGCGUUUACCAGCCGCCUGGGGGGUAACCGAGGGGUACAGUACACCCGCCUUGCUGUGCAGAGAGGCGGGACCUUCCAAAUGGGAGGAGGGACCAACCAGAGCAGACCGUCCAGUUCCAGUGUGGACUCUCUGCUGCGUCUGCGUGGUCGUCUGCUCCUGGACCACGAGGCAUUGUCCUGUCUCCUGGUCCUCCUCUUCGUAGACGAACCCAAACUCAACACCAGCCGUUUGCACCGCGUGCUCCGCAACCUGUGCUACCACUCCCAGACGCGUGGCUGGGUCAUCCGCAGUCUCCUCUCCAUCCUGCAGCGCAGCAGCGAGAGUGAGGUUUGUGUCGAGACCACCCGCCUGGAAGACGCCAGAGGCAAGAGGACUGCUGCUGCAACCGCUUCAGCCUCCCUCUCUUCUUCCUCCUCUCUGGAGCUUCUCAACCGGGUGGAGUCUCGUAGCUCCUCCCAGCUCUCUUGGCUGUCCGUUUCCAUGGACGCGGCGCUAGGAUGCCGUACAAACAUUUUCCAGAUCCAGCGGGCGUCGGGACGGAAGCAUGCCGACCGGCACUCUGGGGGUGGAGGGUCGACCGUACACAUCCACCCCCAGGCCGCCCCUGUGGUCUGUCGACACGUACUGGAUACUCUUAUCCAACUGGCCAAGGUGUUCCCCAGUCACUUCACCCAGCAGCGCUGUAAGGACCUGCUCUCCUCCUCCACCUCUGAACUAGACUCCCGUCUGUGUGCUGCUGCCUCUAUUGUCACCGGAACAGCAGGAGGAGGCUCUAGAUCCACCCAGACCUCCUCCAACACCCCCUCCUCAGCCCAGAACUCCGUGGGCGGGGGCGCCUGUGGCGCGGCCAUCACCCCCCAGUCCCUUGGCAUCUCUACCGACUUCUGGGACCUGCUGGUGAAGCUGGACAACAUGAAUGUGUCGAGGAAAGGCAAGGCCUCCAUGAAGACUCUUCCCCUGGGGGCGGGAGGGGAGGCAGACGGGGCUCAGUUCAGCCUGGAGGCUUCUCCUCUGGGCCAGCUGAUGAAUAUGCUCUCCCACCCAGUGAUACGACGCUCCUCCCUGCUAACCGAGAAGCUCCUGCGUCUCCUCUCCCUCAUCUCCAUCGCCCUGCCCGAUAAUAAGGCUACUGAAGUCCCUGCCGGACACCCGACUUCGCAGACCACUGCCGGUGCAGCCGUCGCCGCUCCAGGCUCUGUCUCCGCCUCUGCUCAGGGGACCACUGUAGGGGUGGUCUCAGGCGUCGGGGUGGUGUCGGGGGCCUCGGUAGUGGCUGCAGCGCAGGGCUCGUCCUCAGGGACAGGCCAGACCUCUACAGCUAUAGUGUCUAUACCCACCACUACGGGAGCCAGCGCCACAGGGAAGCAUAGAGCGACCGUUCUCUGUGUUGAAAGUGACACCAAGCUGGCCUCCACUGGACUCACUGAGAAACAACUACAGCUCUCUGUCGAGGUGCUGACCAGUCACUCGUGUUCAGAGGAGGGUCUGGAGGAUGCAGCCAACAUCCUGCUCCAGCUGUCCAGAGGAGAUGGAACCACCAGAGACACUGUGCUCCGUCUGCUGCUGAGUGGGGCUAGACACCUGGGAUACACACUCUGCAAACAGAUUGGCACAUUAUUGGCUGAGCUGCGUGAGUACAACCUGGAGCAGCAGAGGAGAGCCCGGGCCGACGCCCAGUCACCUGAUGCCCCGGCUGAGGACACCUCCCUCUCUGCCAGGUUGAAGGCCGGCAAGCUCUCUAGCAGGUUCGACGGCUCGGAAAGCGUGGUGAUCGUGGCAGCCCAGAAGCGGACGCUGGGUGGACGGGAGCUGCAGCUACCCUGCAUGUCCUCCCUGACCUCGAAGACGUCCACCCAGAAGUUCUUCCUGCGGGUCCUGCAGGUCAUCAUCCAACUCCGAGAGGACACGCGCCGCGCCAACAAGAAGGCCAAGCAGACCGGACGACUAGGCUCCACCAGUCUGGGCUCUGCCAGCAGUAUCCAGGCGGCGGUACGUCAGCUUGAAGCCGAGGCUGAUGCCAUCAUCCAGAUGGUGAGAGAGGGGCAGCGGGCACGCCGCCUCCAGCAGGCACCCCCGCCUUCCGCCUCUAUCGCCGGAUCCUCCGUGGCUGCCUCCCAUGCCCCCGCCGCUGCCCCCCCUGCCCCUGGCACGGCGAGCGCUGCAACGUCGGAGGUAGGGUCAGUGUCAGAGCCCCAGGCAGCCCAGAGGGAUGAGUCUCCCAUGGAUGUAGACCAGCCAUCCCCUCUGGAGCAGGACCUUGCACCCCUGGAUGAAGAAGGCAACGGCCAAUCCGAGACAGAGGAGCGUCUCCCAGACCUCCCCCUGCUAAGCGAGCAGCUUCUGUUAGACGAGCUGUGGGACAUGCUCGGGGAGUGCCUGAAGGAACUGGAGGAGUCACAUGAUCAGCAUGCCGUUCUGGUUCUUCAGCCGGCGGUGGAGGCCUUCUUCCUGGUCCACGCCACAGAGAGGGAGAGCAAGCCCCCUGUCAGGGACACCAGGGAGAGCCAAUUGUCCCACAUCAAAGAUGAGCCUCCCCCCCUGUCCCCCGCACCCCUCACCCCCGCGACCCCCUCUUCUCUGGACCCCUUCUUCUCCAGGGAACCCUCCUCCAUGCACAUUUCCUCCAACCUGCCUCCCGACACACAGAAGUUCCUCCGCUUUGCCGAGACUCACCGCACCGUGCUUAACCAGAUUCUGCGUCAGUCCACCACCCACCUGGCCGACGGACCCUUCGCUGUGCUGGUCGACUACAUCCGUAUCCUCGACUUUGACGUCAAGCGAAAAUACUUCCGUCAGGAGCUGGAGCGUCUGGACGAGGGUCUGAGGAAGGAGGACAUGGCUGUCCACGUCAGGAGGGACCACGUGUUUGAAGACUCUUACAGAGAGCUGCACCGCAAGAGCCCCGAGGACAUGAAGAACAGACUGUACAUAGUGUUUGAAGGGGAGGAGGGUCAGGAUGCCGGAGGUCUGCUGAGAGAGUGGUACAUGAUCAUCUCCAGGGAGAUGUUUAACGCCAUGUACGCCCUGUUCCGCACCUCGCCCGGCGACAGGGUCACCUACACCAUUAACCCCUCGUCCCACUGCAACCCAAACCACCUCAGCUACUUCAAGUUCGUAGGUCGCGUGGUGGCCAAGGCCGUGUACGACAACCGACUGCUGGAGUGCUACUUCACACGCAGCUUCUACAAGCACAUCCUGGGCAAGAGUGUCAGGUACACAGACAUGGAGAGUGAGGACUACCCAUUCUUCCAGGGCCUUGUCUACCUGCUGGAGAAUGAUGUCUCCACUCUGGGCUAUGAGCUGACGUUCAGCACUGAGGUCCAGGAGUUUGGUGUGUGUGAGGUGCGGGACCUGAAGCCUAACGGAGGCAACAUCAUUGUCACCGAGGAGAACAAGAAGGAGUACGUCCACCUAGUCUGUCAGAUGAAGAUGACUGGUGCGAUCCGUAAGCAGCUGUCAGCCUAUCUGGAGGGUUUCUACGAGAUCAUCCCCAAGAGGCUGAUCUCCAUCUUCACAGAGCAGGAGCUGGAGCUGCUCAUAUCUGGCCUGCCCACUAUAGAUAUAGACGACCUCAAGGCCAACACCGAGUACCACAAGUACCAGUCCAGCUCCAUACAGAUCCAGUGGUUCUGGCGGGCCCUGCGUUCCUUCGACCAGGCGGACAGAGCCAAGUUCCUGCAGUUCGUGACGGGCACGUCCAAGGUUCCUCUGCAGGGCUUCGCAGCGCUGGAGGGCAUGAACGGAAUACAGAAGUUCCAGAUCCACCGCGACGACCGCUCCACCGACCGCCUACCGUCAGCUCAUACCUGCUUUAACCAGCUGGACCUCCCAGCCUACGAGAGCUACGAGAAAUUGAGACACAUGCUGCUGCUGGCCAUUCAGGAAUGCUCAGAGGGAUUCGGACUGGCUUAGACCUACCCACACUGAGACUCUUAACAUAUACACACGAUUUAUCUUGCCUACUCUGAAAGAUUGAAACUGAUGACACACAGACGCACCAUCAUUGACAUUACUGGGUGACUUGUUGGAAAAAUGGCCUCUAGACAUACAACUGGUUCCUAAUCCAUAUAAAAAAAAACAGACCGACCAGAAGCGUGGUAUGAUGGACUGACUGAUAUUACCUACUACACACAGAGCCUCAUGUCAAUAGACACAGACCUGUACCUGGUAUGUGUGAAUCUCCCUCCCCUCCCACAUUAAAAUGGCAGAAACCUGAGAGGGAGUGAAUUCAGAGGAUAAAAACAUGGACUAAUAUAAAAUACAUUUUCUCUGUUUAGUUUGAUUUCUCUGUACAAAAGGUUUGGGAGUUUAUGUUUAAUCUUUUUUGUUCUUCUCUGGCUGUGUAAAAAGGAGAAGGUUGUUUGUGUGUCUGAACAGGAUGGUUAUAAAACCUUUGGGGGAAAAUGUUGGUUGUUUCUUGUUUGCGAAUUUGUGACCUCAUAAGCCUUGAAGAUGGGGGGAAUGUUUUUAUGGGGAAAGGAGGAGGGGGAAAAAGAAGUUUUGAAGAAAUGCACUUUUCAAAGUUGUGGCAUUUUUAUGGAAGGAUGGUCCCAAAAAAAGAAAUGAAGAGAACAAGUGAAGAAAGCAGAUGAUAAAGAAAUUAACCACAAAAUCUAGAGUAUUUUUGGCUAUUAAAUCGCUGACCCAGCCUUGAGCCUUUGAAUCAGUGAAAUAACUACAUGAAUAAAUGCAUAAAAUUGA